ACAACAAAAAGCAUCAUGGUGAAAUAUCAUAUACUAGAUAUUUUAGUUUUAAUGGUUGUAUUGUCGGCUAAAUUAGACGCCCAAAUGACUACUACUAGUGCGCCCACUGCUGCACCCACUCCUGGACCAACUCCUGGACCCACUGGUGGACCCACUCCUGGACCCACUGGUGGACCCACUGGUGGACCCACACCUGCACCCACUGGUGGGCCCACUCCUGCACCCACUGGUGGACCCACUCCUGCACCCACUGGUGGGCCCACUCCUGCACCCACUGGUGGACCCACACCUGCACCCACUCCUGGACCAACUCCUGCACCUACUGCUGGACCUACACCACCGCCCGGUCUAUUUGUUGUGACCAUUAGCGAACCGGCCACAAACCGGGAGACCACCUAUCAAGUAGCUGGCAAUACAACCGUCGGUCAACUUAAACAAUAUUCGGCCCCAUAUUUUGGUUAUACUGUACCCGAAAUGAACUUAACAUAUAUGUCGUUCAUUGAUCUUGUUGAUAAUACUAGACUAUCCCAAUACGGUAUGACUACCGGUGCCACGAUUACACUGACUAAAAGAGCCGACACAACGGCAGCACCGGUAGUAACUACAGCACCGGUAGUAACACAAGCACCUACUACUACUACUACUACUACCCAGCCAUCAUUUACACGAUCGCCACUAGGAAUACUAGCACCGGGUGGUCCUGGAUCAUUUACUAUUACGGUAACGGAGCCGCAAACUGGCCGAUCGACUACCUAUCAGUUCAAUGGUAGUCUACUAGUCGAUCAAUUGCGCCGUAUGACUGGCCAAUAUUUUGGCUAUCCACCUGGGCAAAUUAGGCUACAAUUUGGCCCGUAUUUUGCACUGAAUAAUGGUAACAAAAUAUGGCAAUACGGUAUCAAUAAGCCAUCGACAGUAUUAUUGUUUCACAAAUAA